AUGGAGGAAAUUCAGUUCGUAAAAGACAAACACUUAAACUUCCUAAACACCUACACCGACACAACCAGCGCAGAAGAACUCAUAUUCAACGAAACCAUGAAAAUGCGCGGCGUGUUCUACUACAUCUGCUCAUGUAAAAUUUUGUCUCACGAAAUCGACAAAAAGGACGAAUUCAUUAAUUUCAUUUUGCAGUGCCAGAAUGCCAAUGGGGGAUUUGGAAACAACAAAAAUUAUGACUCCCAUGUUGUGUCCACGCACUACGCGAUAUUGUCUCUCCUCCUACUUAACCAUUCCUUUGAAGAAAUUAAUCCCUACCUCCACUCGUCAAGUCACCCCCCUGAUGGAAGUAACCCACCAAAGAACAUUGCGAACAGCACCACGGAAUACAUCCUAUCCCUGUUCAAUGAAGAUGGCUCCUUUAAAGCAGACAUUUGGGGAGAAGUAGAUACACGCUUUGUUUACAGUGCAGUCAGCUGCCUGACCAUCCUAAACCAGCUCACUCAAGUAUCAACAGAAAAAAUUGCGUCAUACGUUUUAACAAAUUAUGCCAUUUGCCAAAAUGGGUUUUCUUGGACCAGUGGAAAUGAACCCCAUGCUGCUAGCGUCUUCUGUGCAGUAGGAACUUUAUUUUUAAUUAAAAAAUUACACCUCAUUAAUGAAAACAAAAUAGGAGAGUGGCUAAGUCUGAGACAAACAAAUAAUGGGGGCUUCAACGGACGAGCAGAAAAAUUAACAGACACAUGCUACUCAUGGUGGAUUUUCUCCUCUUUAAUUAUUUUAGGAAAAUACAAAUGGGUAAAUAAAAAUGCCUUAAAAAAUUACAUCCUGCUUUGUCAGGAUUUGGAGAAGGGUGGAAUAAGUGACAACCCAGAUUGCCUUCCAGAUAUUUGCCACACCUUCUUCGGCCUCGCUGCACUCAGCUUGAUAGACCACAUGAACGAAUCAGAUGGGACAUUGGACCUGCGACAAAUGCACCCCGUGUAUGCAAUCCCUAUGCACAUCGUGAAGGAAAGGGGUUUACCACACCAAGAUGUGGAAAUGGGGAGAGUAGCAUCCCCGCCGGCCGAUUAA